AUGGGUAGAUUGCACGAAUAUCAAGUGGUUGGUCGUAAACUUCCAAGUGAAAAGGAUCCUGUUCCAAGGCUCUAUCGUAUGAGGCUUUUUGCACCUAAUGAAGUCGUCGGGAAGAGUAGAUUCUGGUAUUUUUUAACAAAACUAAAAAAAGUUAAGAAGGCUGCUGGCGAGAUCGUUUCUAUCAACGAAAUCUUUGAGAAAAGGCCAUUGAAGAUUAAGAAUUAUGGCAUAUGGCUUCGUUAUGAUUCUCGCUCUGGAACUCACAACAUGUAUAAGGAGUACAGAGAGUUGACUAGAACUGACGCUGUUUCCUCUGCUUAUCAAGACAUGGCUGCUCGUCACCGUGCUAGAUUUUCGUCCAUUCAAAUCAUACGCGUUGCCGAACUGAAACCUUCUCAAGUCAAACGUCCUUAUAUUAAACAGCUCAUCGAUCCCAAAAUUAAAUUCCCGCUCCCUCAUCGGGUUGCUCGUGGAAAAAAGACUACUUUCUUGGCCAAGCGACCCUCCACUUUUUAUUAG